AUGCCCUCGCGGGGCUCGGACCACCACGCCCGCUUUACAUCUUAUCCCUCCCCCCACACCCCGCUUUUACUUCAAGGAACCGGGACGCUCCCCCUCCCUGCAGGGCAGCGGAAGAUUUCCCAAGGGCGCCGCCCCCUUCCCGCCGGCGGCUGCUUCCUUCUUCGCCUCGAAACCCCAACCCCACCGCCGAAUAAUGCCUCUCUUGCCUCCUCUCUGAAGGGGAAGCGGCGCUCAUGGGAGGCAACUGAGGCGAGUCAGGGACUAGCCGCGCUGGUCAUGGGACUAACGGUCAGUGUCGGUUCCGUGCCUGCUCUGCCACAGCGCACUCCAGCUACAACACUCUCUCUCACUCGCUCGCCCUGCCCCCCUGGCCGCCAGUGGCCGGAAGUGACGCUCAAAGCGUUGGGCGAACGAACAUGGCGCGCGCCGGAAGUGGGCGAGAAGAACGCUGUGGCUGGGACUACCAAAAUGGUGAGCGCUUUACCUCGGGUGCGGGGUUGUGGCGUGGCAUGGCAGGGAACUGGCUGCUCUCACCCGCGGUCCUCUCACAGUCCAUUUAAUUCUCCAUUGUCGAUUAAUUCUCCAUUGUCCAUUUUGCUGAGCAAAAGCUUCGUUGGGCAUAACUUCAACGUCUCGAGUUCGCCAGAGCGGCUCACCAUGCUAGAUGUUGGACAGAAGGGGGGCAAGGGGGAAACUGAAAAAAUGUUUUAAAAUCCCACUAGGCGUGCUUUUAAAUUCGCUCCCGCUUACGAGCGUAUGAAAUGACUAGCUUUAUCUCUGUUGUUGGGAAGGUGCUUCUCAGGACCCGUGCUGUGAGGGAGUAGAAAGUGUUAGAGGGAGGGACGGGUGCUGGAUGUUGUGCGGGAGGGUGGGUGGGAAAUAAUGGCGAGCCUGCUAUCCAAAAAUAGUUUCACACUUACAUAUUAAAAAAAAACCUACGCUCCUGUCUGCCACUUAAAGGUAAAGGGACCCCUGACCAUUAGGUCCAGUCGUGACCGACUCUGGGGCUCAUCUCGCUUUAUUGGCCGAGGGAGCCAGCGUACAGCUUCCGGGUCAUGUGGCCAGCAUGACUUAGCCGUUUCUGGCGAACCAGAGAAGUGCACAGAAACACUGUUUACCUUCCCGCCAGAGCGGUACCUGUUUAUCUACUUGCACUUUGAUGUGCUUUCGAACUGCUAGGUUGGCAGGAGCAGGGACCGAGCAACGGGAGCUCACCUCGUUACGGGGAUUCGAACCGCCGACCUUCUGAUUGGCAAGUCCUAGGCUCUGUGGUUUAAAAUCUGCCCUUUACAUUUAUUUAUUUUUUAAUGUGCUCCUGUCUUUGCCCCAUUCUAGUCAAUAUACCAAAUAUUUCCUGUGCUACUAUGUUCCUUAUAGAUAUUCACAUUUCUGGGUAGUUCAGCUGUUGGGGUAUGUGAAUCCUAGAGUAAUAUGGAACACUGUUUGCAAGGAUAGGUUUGCAGGCAGUAAACAAUACCUAUAUGAAUUAUGUCCAUCCAGUGGUUAUGAUUGGGUGGAUCCUGCAAUUGUAUCUCUCAAACCUGGGGAAGCCAAUUUUGGAGUGUUUUGAUGAGAACCUAAUUUGAGUAAAGACGUUCUUAUUAUGCAUGUUAGAUAAUAAGGAACAGGCUGUAUGGAGUGCCUUUCCGUUACCAAUAAGUUACCAUAGCUACCACCCACACAGAUCAGGAACUGGGUCCUGUUGGUAAAAGAUUUUAGUCUUGGCAUCGCCUUUCUUUGAUAUGAAACACUGGCUAUGACUGUAGUGUGCGUGGAAGAGGAUGACAGGUUUUAUAGUUUUUUUAAAAAAUAAUGGUGUAUUAUUAAUUUUUCCUUUUUAAGGGGAAACAAAAGAAAGCAAAGAAAUAUGCUGCCAUGAAACGCAUGAUCAGCCUCCGUGACCAGCGCAUGUAAGUCUCUUGAUAUUAUUUAUUAGUGGCACCUACUGAAGUGUAAAUUCUAAGAGUUUUGCUUAUUUAACAAGACUGAAACACUUAACAAAGUGAUCCUGUAAGUCCCAUUGAGUCAAAUUCAUAAUGGUAGGAUUGUGUGGUGCUCCAAAAUGAUCUCCAAACUUUUUUUAAUCUUGUGAUCCUAUAUUGAUACAUUUUUUCCCAACAAUAAUGUCCCUUGGUUAUCUACAGUGGUUUACUGAGUAGAUGGUGUGUACAAAUGAUUAAAAAAAAAUUUUUUUGCCACCCCAAGCAAAGAGGCAGACCGAGCAAAACCUAAAGAGAAAAAGAAGGAUGAUUCCAGUGCAAUAAAAGAGAGAGAGGUGUAAGUAUCUAAUGAUUUCCCAUCAAUUCUGUUGGCUACCUUAAUACAAAAUUAGAAAUAAAUCCCAUUGAUUAUAGUAGAUCAGGCACAGGCAAACUCUGCCCUCCAGAUGUUUUGGGACUACAACUCCCAUCAUCCCUAGCUAACAGGACCAAUGGUCAGGGAUGAUGGGAAUUGUAGUCGCCAAACAUCUGGAGGGCCGAGUUUGCCUAUGCCUGUAGUAGAUGUUAACUUUCAGAUGAGCAUGCUCAGAAUUGUGUCUUAACAUGAAGACUGUUAUGUGGGUGCUAUUAAUUUGGCUUGGCAAACACAUGUUAUUACCUGGGUCAUUAGCAAACUGGAGCUGAUCAAACAGGUAGUGGGAGGCACAUUGCAAGUCAGUGAUAAAGUGGCCAAACUUUCUUUAUUUUAAGUGUUUUGCUUCUUACAAGUAUCACAUAUACAAAUAAUUGGAAUGAAUGAUUUAUGGUGCUCUGUCAAAAUAUUUUGAGCAGAAGGGCUUAGCUGUAUUGAAAAGAUGGUACUGAGAAUAACACCAUGUGGUUGGACCUCAAGAGAUGGGGGUUGAAAUGUAAAAGCACCCCCCACUCACACACACACUAGAAUGCUUGAGCACACUUUCAGCAGUAAAUGUGACUUAUUGAGUGUUUUGUCCUCUGAGCAUUUUGACACAUUUUUCAAUACAUUUUCAAGAGUUUGUAAGCUGAGAAAAAGCACUUCUGAAGUUAUAUGCUAUUUGUGGACAGUAUGUUUUGUUUUCCCCUUUGUAACUUGAUUUGUCCCAUGUUUGUCAUUUCAGCCCUAAAUAUCCUUCCUGUUUGUUCUUCCAAUAUAAUACACAACUGGGGCCUCCCUACUACAUCCUGGUUGAUACCAACUUCAUUAAUUUUUCCAUUAAAGCCAAACUGGAUCUGGUGCAGUCAAUGAUGGAUUGCCUCUAUGCUAAGUGUAAGUAUGUAGAUCUAUUACAUCUUGUUCCAGGGUAACAUCAUUGGUGAUAAGUUGAGACUAUAAAAAGCUCCAUUAGUGGUGGCACAUUGUUAAGACUAAAGUAGCAGUAAUGUAUGAGGUGCUGGCUUUCAUUAUUCUUAUUGUUGUUGCCAUCAUCAUCAUCAUCAUCUAGUGCUUGCCACUAAAUGCUUUUCAGUUAGACUUAACAAGUGUAUCCAUCAUGACUACCAGCUGUUUAAAUAAUCACUAUUUUAUUGCUAACUUUAUUGUUGCAUUAAUGAAAUAAAAAAAGUUCGCUGAUUAUCAGAUUUUACCAUAACUGUCAAAGAGGUCUUUAUUAAUGUUUUACUCAAAAUAUCAGAUGCACAGAAUAAUAUAAAUAGAAAUGAAAAGCAGAUCAAUUAAGAGUGUGCUUUCUAUUCUGAUAAUUGUCAAUGAUUUGACUGACUUUCAGAGGGCUGUAUGAAUAUUCAUAGUUUUGAAACCUAAUAUUUUCUUAUUUAGGCACCUGCAGGAGUUUGUUGCAAUUCAGUUUGGUGAUACUAAAUAUUUAUUGUAUUCCUGUAGGUAUUCCAUGUAUCACAGAUUGUGUCAUGGCUGAAAUUGAGAAACUGGGGCAAAAGUAUCGUGUUGCCCUAAGGUAGGGACCUAUAACUGGACUCUGUUAUUGAGUUUAUCUAGUCUAACUUACGAAUGUGGAGAACAGGGACUCUUCCCUGGGGUACAAGAGCUAGAUCCCAAAUCAUUAAACUUGGACAGCUUGUCACUGCAUCACUUCUUUUGUUCACCAGGCUGGAUGUACCUUUUGAAGAAAGCAAGGCAGUUGAUCUUCCCAGUCUCUUCUGGGCAGAAUUCAAUUCUGCCCUCUUCCUAAGUUUGUAGCUUGAGUAGAUUAUCAAAUUCAUAGAAUAACUUACUGAAUUGUAGAUUCACCAGUUAGAUCAAGGUUUCAAGAAAGCAGUUUAUUGUGCUACACAAAGGAGACAGAAAGAAUUCAAGAAGGUUUUUGUGUUCCAUCAGCAGGCAGAGAACUGAAUGGAGUUUGACUCGUACUUCAGUUUACUCUCCCGCCUCUCACAUGCCCCCAAAUCUGCUUCAGGGGGUCUUAUAAUCCUCCAGACUCUGAUAUUAAGGGUGUGAGUGGGGGAAGGGGAAGAGGAGGUUCAGUCGUGUGCACGAAAUUUGUUGCAUGAGCACUGGAUAGAACCCCAAGUGUAUGCCUGGGAGAAGGGUUUGAAGCUUCCUAUUAUUCAAUUUGCUGGAGGCCAGGCAGUUAGCAUACCCAGGCAAUACAUCUGACAGGCAGGAUGACAGUCAGAAAUAAACAUUAGGCUGAGGAUAGCAACCUACAGAUUUGGGGUAUACCUAGUGAGGAAAAGACAGAAAUUGUUUAUCUUCUAGGAAUCUUUUAAUUCUUCUAAUUAUGUCAGUUGGCCCAAUGCUAUCUUAAUUCUCUGUUUGAUUAUAUUACAGGAUAGCAAAAGACCCACGAUUUGAACGUUUGCCCUGCACUCACAAAGGGACCUAUGCUGAUGACUGUUUGGUGCAGAGGGUCACUCAGGUACCUCUACCUCUAGAAAUGUCUGUUCUGUAGGUAUGCAGAUGUAUGUAGAACAGCUUAAUUUGCUGAAAUUAAUAACCUGAAUGAAGCUGGCAUUCAAUUGAAGCUGUCUUGUAGCUGAUAUUGCCUCUUUUGGAAGGAGAUGCCACUGCUACGAACAGUUGAUAUUAACAGAGGAGAUCCUGUCUCUUCAGCUCUUCAGGACAUGUUCUUGGAGAUACUGUAUUUUAAGGGAGGGAGAUUUGAUGUUUGUCUAAAAACUUGUUCCCUCUGGAAAUUUGUAUCCUCUGGCACUCCGUGGCCAAAGGAAAGACAGCGAGAUUAUCCUCUUUUCUUGCAGCACAAGUGUUACAUAGUGGCUACUGUAGACAGAGACCUCAAGCGGAGAAUACGGAAGAUCCCAGGAGUCCCAAUAAUGUAUAUAUCAAACCACAGGUAGGUGAGCUCCCACUUGAGAGUAAUAUUCUGACAAAUUAAAUUGCAGUUUACUUUGUUAUAGUGUAUUUUGAAACGUUGCCUGUCGUUUUAUAGAUAGUCUACCUAUAUAAAGGAAGGGCUUAAUAGUAAUAAGAAAACCACAACAUGAGUGCGAGAAUGCUAUUGUGUUCAUAUCCUGCUGCUCAAACUAAAAGAAAGUCUAAGUACAGGCAGUUUCUCUUUCGUAUGCUACUGCGCACAGACACAGCGCAGUGUGUCUGGAAGUGGCUGGAAGUACGUGGCUCCUGAGAAGACCCUUCCCAGAACCUGAGUAGGAUGUCCAUGGAGGGUCUUCUCAUGAGCCGGAGGCGCAGUGGGGCUUUGUUGAGGCUGCUCGGCUCCCCCGCUUAACAGCUGACAUGGGGGAAAGUUGCUGCUGCUGCUGCUGCUGCACUACCCUGCACAUCAGCUGUUCUGAGGGGAGGCUGAGCAGCCUCAAAAAGGAGACCCUUACAGGACAUUCUCUUCAAGCUCUGGAGUCUCCUCACUAGCCACAAGGACAGUUCAGGGUGUUCCCCACUUACAUGCAUUUCACUUAUGUGUGCAAGGGCUGGAACGUAACCCCUGUGUAAGUGGGGAGUUGCCUGUAUAUGUAACUGCAUUUAUUUAUACCCAUACAUGUUUGAUGUUACCACUCCCUUCUGCCCGUAACUCUGUUAUCCACUGUAGUUCAUUGGUAGAGCACAUGUUUUGCUUUGCUUUGCUUUGCUUUGCUUUGCUUUGCUUUGCUUUGCUUUGCUUUGCUUUGCCUUGCUUUGCCUUUGCCUUUGCCUUUGCCUUUGCCUUUGCCUUUGCAGCAAAGGGUCCCAUGUUCAAUUCCUGGUGUCUUAAUGUAGGGCUAGGAAAAACUCUUGCCCAAAACUCUGGAGAGCUGCUGCCAGUCAUCAUUGAUGAUAACGAGCUAAAAUGGACCCAAUGGUCUAAUUUAGUUUGAGACAGCCUCCUAUGUUCCUGUUAAAUCAAGAUUUGCAAGCACCUUGGAACAAAGCCUGUCUUCUUGCUUUUUAUUAGUCUUUAAAGAACUACUCAUUAGUGAUGCUAUAUAAGUAAUAACAAGGGCUAUGUCAAAUAAAAGUUAAUACAUCAUUAUUUAUAUAGUUCUUUAUAGACUAAUAAAAAACAAGAAGACUGGUCCCUGGCUCCAAAAGCUUGCCGUUCUCAUGUCCUUGUUUAUUGUUUGCUCUCUUCCCAUCAAAGUAGAAAGUGGCAUACAAGAGAUUUCCAGGUGGUGACCAGACCCAUGCCUGCUUAGCUUCAGAAAGAUGGUUGCUUUGUGGGCCUUCAGAUCACUAUAGCAAAGGGUUUUAUGGAUUCGAGCUCACUUAAUCAAAUGCAAUCAAAUAAUGCCAGCAAAUACAGUGGCGCCCUUACUGUGUUUUCACUGCAUUCCAUGGUGGGUUUAUGAUAGACUACUUACCAUAAUGCUUCAUUCAUUCUAGAUAUAACAUUGAGCGGAUGCCUGAUGACUAUGGAGCCCCCCGAUUUUAACCACCUGUUGAAAAGCAUCCAAGAUAUGUCUGCUGGGUCCAACUGCCAAUUUUUACAACAUUGGGCCUGUUACAAGGUUCCUGUUUCUAAUUUAUUUCCUGCAGUGUUUGAAGCUGAACUGAUUUUUUCAAACUUGUCUCUUCGAGAAAAAUCAUGUGAACUGUACCCUUGCUGUGUGUUCCAGAAUAAAUAUUAUUGUUUAGAAAUUG